AAAUACACACACACACCAGUCUGCUGUGUGGAAUUCAGAGGAUCGGGGGAGAAAGGCUUCAGGUUCAGAGCAAAAUAUGGAUGAAAAAACAUUCAAGAUAUUCAGGGACUCCGUCCACGGCCAUAUUAAGAUGCAUCCAUUGUUGGUGGACAUCAUUGAUACUCCAGAGUUUCAACGCCUGAAGAACAUCAAGCAGAUGGGUGGAAUCUAUUACGUCUUUCCAGGAGCUUCUCACAAUCGUUUUGAGCACUCCAUUGGUGUGUGUCAUCUGGCAGGGGAACUCGUAAAAAGUCUGAAAGCUCAAGGACAAGAUAUUUCUAUUAAAGAUAUCCUCUGUGUUCAGAUUGCAGGAUUGUGCCAUGACCUAGGUCACGGCCCGUUUUCACAUUUAUUUGAAGAAGUCACGAUGGAGCUAUCAGAGAAACUGGCUUCGAUACCAGGGAAAAUUGUAUUUUCAGAGGCAUUAAAAAAUUGGAAGCAUGAAGAACAAUCAGGCAAAAUGUUUGACCUGCUGAUCUCACAUGGCAUUAAGAAAAAGAUGCUAAAUCAUGAUUACAAGUAUGAAGGUAAAACAUUAAGAUUUAAAAACAUAGACUUCAAGUUCAUCCAUGAACUUAUUGAGGGCCCACCACUUUCAAGAUCUUCUGCUCAGUGGCCCUACAGUGGAAGACCACAAGCCAAGUCAUACUUGUAUGAGAUUGUGGCCAAUAAACUCACAGGCAUUGAUGUUGACAAAAUGGAUUAUAUCAGCAGAGAUUGCCUGCAUCUGGGGAUGAAAAGCAACUUCUCACAUAAGCGCUUUAUGAUGUUUGCACGAGUUUGCUGCAAUGAGGAUGAAUCGAAAAAGCACAUUUGCAUGAGAGAUAAGGAAGCGAUAAACAUGUAUGAGCUCUUCCAUAGUCGAUACAUGCUUCACUGCACCGUCUGCCAUCACAGGGUUAAUGUGGCAAUCGAAACAAUGAUUACUGAUGCACUUGUGGUUGCUGAAGGUCACUUUAAACUGGGUGAUAAGACAAUCUCUGAGGCAGUUUUGGACCCUGAAACAUUUGUGAAACUCACAGAUGACAUCGUCAUAAAUAUCAUGCAGUCAACAAACCCAGAACUCAGAGACUCAAGGAAAAUCAUCAGAAGAAUUAGGAAACGCAAGCUUUACAAGUUUGUUGGUAGCAAAAUAUUUCAGACAAGGGAGAUAAACCACUUGAAAACAGCUAAAAAGAUGGCGGCGGUAAAAGACUGGCUGCGGUCUAUCCAGACAACAUCAGAAAAUGUGAUCGGAAUUUGUUGGGUUUUAUGUUGAUUUUAAAAUAUUGAGGAGCACAAAAACCUAUAACCCUGGCCUCUUACAAUUGUUUGUCUUUUAUUUUAUAUAAAUAAUUUUUUAGACAAA